CCCGGGGCCAGGUCACUGCCCCACUGGAAAAGUGAAUCGACACAGCCGCCUACCCCCGUGGGAACCUCAUGGGCGUCCGACAGGCCUGGGCACCCAGAGACACACCGCUGAGGGCAGCUGGCAUCGCACCCCGCGUAGUGCCAGGAACUGCCCAUGAGCUGCAUCCAGCCGCGCUGGGUGGGAGCCACGGCAGAAUCGAGGCCCCGGGGGGCCUGGAAGACAGAAGCCAGGCAGCCGGAGAGGCCGUGGCCCUGUCACCGGCCCACAGGCACGCGGACCUCAUCCCAGAGCCGCAGGGGCCGCGGGGAGGGUCGUGGUGGGGCAAGGGGGCAGGCGAGGGCCACAGGGAGGCCAGAGGGUGGCAGUUAAGAAGGGGGGACGGCCCUCAGGUGAAGCCCCCACUCCAACUGCCGUGAGCGGGGUCGCCUUCCUGCCCAGAGUGUCCGGCUGGGGCCAGGGCUCCCUGCCCCAUGUCGCCUGGGGACUUCUCUGGCAAUGAUGCCCACAGCCCCGGGCCUGUCUGAGAGGCUGACAGGUGACAGGAAACCAGACACCUUUAGGGCCCAGCAAAGAAACCCCCUGUGGGGCAUCAGCCCUCACUCAGCCGGCCUGAGCCCCUCCCCAGCUCUCCCCCGCUUCCCGCCUGCCCACGGACCAGUGAGUCCCUCUCCGCGCUCACGGCUCCCUCCCGCCCCCCACGACCACCACCCAGUGAGGUCUGCGGGGAGCCUGCAGGGCCAACAGCCCAUUGACCCGAGGCUCCUGUUUGUCUCAUUGGACCGAGAGGGUUCUGGCACGCCAGGAGUGAGCCAGUGAUGGGAGCCUUGGGGUAGCCGGCAGACGCCCCAGGGCCGGAGGGACCCGAGAGCUGGUGUCUGGCGUCAGGGACCCACGCUGCCCUGAGGCCCGGCACUCGGCCACACGUGUCUCCUUAGCGACCUCCCCAUCCUCCCAGCAUGACCUGAACUGCUGCGCUAGGCCCCCAGGCCCUGCUCACUGCCCAUGUGCAUGAGUGUGCACGCACGCGGGUAGGUGUUUAUGUGCACCUCGCCUUCCUCGGGGGCUCUCAGGAGCAGACACCUUUGUCCUCUGUGUAUCCUUCACCAGCAGGUGGCAGGUACACAACAGGUGCCAGCUCUGUGCAGACGUAGGGAACUAGUGAUUGAAUGAAUGAAUGCAUGAAUGAACCAAGUGGGAAGAGUCAGUUGUGAAGAUUGCACGAGCUUUGGCUCAACCCUGGUGCUGGCACUGUGGUCCCUGCCCAAUGCUGCACCCACGGGGCAGGCUGUGCCCUCAAGCAGAGUGGGUGGUCCCAGCACUGACCACAGGCCCUGUCCACGCAGGUCUGGAUGGCACCUCCUUUGCACACCCAGAGCUCCAGAGGCUGAAGAACUCUCCACAGACAGGUGAGGGCCACAGCUCUGCCAGGGAAUGUCAGCGGCCUGGGGUUCCCAUGAAGGUUUCCGACCUGGCUGCAAAAGAGCCUCGGCCAGCCCCUCCCCUGGGAGACGAGCCUGUGCUGCACGGGGGGAGAUCCUGGCCGGAGGGGGCUGGGGGGCCACAGCUUCGUGUCCGGCAGACCUCAGGGCUAGUGACACUAGACUCCCAGGUGGCAGAGGCUUGUGUUCCUAUAAGGCUCAGGUGACAGGCAGACCGCAGCCCUGGGCUUGGGGGGAUCCUCCCUCCCAGCCCCCCACCAAGAAGGGCCUGGAACUCGCGAGGCCACUAGCCUCUAAGCAUGGGCUCCCCGGAGACCCAGCUCAUAGGGCCAGGCUACCCCAGACCUGCCCCGCCAGCCAGGGGACACAAUACUGAAACCCUACCCACUCCCUCCACAGCUCCCUCCACAGACAGGGGCUGGUGCUCCACGUGGGGGGCCGGCCACUUCUCCACCUUCGAUGGCCACGUGUAUGACUUCGAGGGCACCUGCAACUACGUGUUUGUAGCCACCUGCAAGGACGCCUCGCCCACCUUCAGCGUCCAGCUACGGCGAGGGCCCAGUGGCAACAUCUCCCGGAUCGUCGUGGAGCUGGGGGCCUCUGUGGUCACCGUGCAGGGGGCCAUCUCUAUCAAAGACGUGGGGUAGGCCGUGCGGCCCUGCGUCUGGGGCAGAAAGGAGUGGCCGGGGGCUGAGGGGCGCUGCUGACCACUGUCGCUCCACAGGGUUGUCAGCCUGCCCUACAGUAGCAAUGGGCUCCAGAUCACACCCUUCGGCCAGAGCGUGCGGCUGGUGGCCAAGCAGCUGGAGCUGCAGCUGGUGGUCGUGUGGGGCCCAGGCGCCCACCUCAUGGUGAGGAUGACAGGGUACAGCGGCUGCGACUGGAGGCGUACGGGUAGCAGGGCAGGGCCGGGCGCGGGGUGGGGGUCCCGACCGCCCUCCAGCUCCCGUAACUUGUCGCUGACGCCGGCCAGGUGCUAAACGGGGGUGGGUUGCACUGGUGGCUCAGUCUCUGACCCAGGAGAAAAGGAGGCCCUCGGGAGGAGCAGGGAGGAGCAGGGAGGGUGGUGACGGCCAGCACGGUGAGUGUGCUCUGGGCCCGCCCCACCCGCCUGCAGGUCCUGCUGGAGAAAAGGCACAGGGGCCAGGUGUGCGGGCUCUGCGGGAACUUCGACGGCGAGGCGGCCGACGACCUCCGGGGAGAGGACGGUAGGUGGGGGCGGGGCCCAGGCCCCGUGCGGCCGUCCUGUGGCGCUGAUCCCGACCCAUCCCACACCCCCAGGCCAACUCCUGGAACCCCACGAGUACGCCGCCUUGCACAAGCUGGAUGACCCCAACGAGAUCUGUGCCUAUGAGGCCACCCCCAGGCCGCAGGUCCUGCAGGCAGAGCACGUACGUGAGGGGGCGGGAGCCCUUCGGCCAGGGUGGGACCAGCCCACGAGGUCUGACGGGGUCCCUGAGGCUGAAACCCCCGGCCUUCCAAGUCAAAACCCUGGGUAUGGGCUAUGGCCUCGACUCCGAUGAUCACCAGUGGCCCUCUGCCCAGGCUCGUACCUGCGCCCAGCUGCUGACCCUGGUGUCCGCCGAGU